AUGCCGAUGGAGGAGGAUCAUCGGGGCGUUGGAGCUGCUGCUGCUCAAGUGCUGCUGGGAUUAGGAGAGCGAGGACUGAUGGUGCUGUGGCUUUGGUUGGUGCUGCGGCUUUGGUUGGCGGUGCUGGUGGUGGUGAGAGCGAUGGGGGGAGAGGAAGGUUUGCUUUGCGUGUUGAAUGGGCUAGUGGCAGCGGUGCUGGUGGUGGUACUGGCAGCAAUGACGGCAGCCGAAGCAGUAGCGACGGUUGUGUUGGCGAUCGUGGUGGGUGUGGUGGCGGUGGGUGUGGUGGUGGUGUUGUUGGCGGUUGUGGUGGUGGUGGUGGCAGCGGCUCUGAUGUUGGCAGGGGUGGUUGCAAAAAUGAAGGCCACUUGA